UUGAGAGGAGUCUCUCUGUCACCAUCAGUGGCAGCUGGGAACAAUAGCUCAUUGUUGACGCCCAGGUCUAUUUUGGAUUUCUUCCUUUUAUAGUGUGUUAUAGGACCUGCUUGUCGGGCCGAUCUAUCCUCCCUGGGGUCAAAUGAUAUAAAAGCUUUAACAGACAAUCUGCCCUGAGUAGCUCCCUCCCAUCCUAUCUGAAGUUUCUGACUUCCCUGCUCAUCCAGGAGGCUCUUCACAUCAUCACCAUGGCUCCCAAGAAAGUUGAGUGCAAGAAGCCUGAACCCAAGAAGCCAGAACCGAAGAAGGAGGCUGCUUUGGCCCCGACUGUCACCAAACCAGCUCCGCUGCCUGAACCUGAAGCCCCCAAAGAACCCCCAUUUGAUCCCAAGGCCAUCACGCUGGAGUACACCGCCGACCAGAUUGAAGAGUUCAAAGAGGCGUUUCAACUGUUCGACCGCACACCGAAAGGAGAAAUGAAGAUUACUUAUGCCCAGUGCGGGGAUGUGAUGCGAGCUUUGGGCCAAAACCCAACCAACGCCGAUGUGCUGAAAGUCCUGGGAAAACCUAGACCAGAGGAAAUGAACACCAAGAUGGUGGAUUUUGAGACCUUCCUGCCAAUGCUGCACCAUAUCUCCCGCUCGAAGGAUAAGGGCAACUUUGAGGAUUUUGUGGAAGGACUGAGAGUUUUUGACAAGGAGGGCAAUGGCACCAUCAUGGGUGCCGAGCUACGGCACGUUCUGGCCACGCUGGGCGAGCGGAUGACAGAGGAUGAGGUGGAUCGACUGAUGGCUGGACAAGAGGACACCAACGGUUGCAUCAAUUACUCUUCAUUUGUCAAACAUAUUCUUUCGGGUUGAACUGGAUUUUUAGGAGCUAACUGAAUGGAUGGUGUGGG